GCUGCCCAUAGAGUACCAGGACUGCAACGGCAAGAUGCUCCAGGUGCCCAGCGAGCUCCGCCUGCACGUGGAUGGCCGCAAAGAGGAUCCGUUCGACUACGAUGACAACCUGGAAGACAGUUUCUGCUACAGAAUCCGUAAGGCCUUGGAGCCCUACAAGCCAAAAUGGUGCAAGAACCACGAGGACUGGUCACUCUAUUUGUUUUCCCCUCAGAAUCGGCUCCGGGCGAACUGCCAGAAAGUCAUAGCACACAAGAUGUUUGAUCACGUGGUCCUCGUUUUCAUCUUCCUCAACUGCAUCACCAUUGCCUUGGAGAGGCCAGAUAUCGAUCCUAACAGCACGGAACGGAUAUUCUUGAGCGUCUCCAACUACAUAUUUACGGGCAUUUUCGUUGCUGAGAUGAUGGUUAAGGUUGUGGCUCUCGGCUUCUUCUCUGGGGAACACACCUACCUCCAGAGCAGCUGGAACGUCCUGGAUGGAAUCCUGGUCUUUGUGUCCAUCAUCGACAUCAUUGUCUCCAUGGCAUCGGCAGGCGGAGCGAAGAUUUUAGGGGUCCUGCGAGUGCUUCGGCUGCUGCGCACGCUAAGACCUUUACGGGUCAUCAGCAGAGCUCCAGGACUGAAACUCGUGGUUGAGACGCUGAUAUCUUCUCUCCGGCCUAUUGGCAACAUUGUCCUGAUCUGCUGCGCUUUCUUUAUCAUCUUUGGCAUUUUGGGAGUACAGCUCUUUAAAGGCAAGUUCUACUACUGCGAGGGACCUGACAUCCGAAACAUCUCCACUAAAGUCGAUUGCAGAAAAGCCCACUACAAAUGGGUCCGGCGGAAGUAUAACUUCGACAAUUUGGGGCAGGCCCUGAUGUCCUUGUUCGUCCUCUCCUCCAAAGACGGCUGGGUGAACAUCAUGUAUGAUGGAUUGGAUGCAGUGGGAAUUGACCAGCAGCCCAGCCGGAACCAUAACCUCUGGAUGCUUCUCUACUUCAUUUCCUUCCUCCUCAUCGUCAGCUUCUUUGUGCUCAACAUGUUCGUCGGGGUGGUGGUGGAGAACUUCCACAAGUGUCGGCAGCACCAGGAGGCCGAGGAGGCCCGGCGGCGCGAGGAGAAGCGGCUGCGACGCCUGGAGAAAAAGCGCAGGAAAGCUCAGCGACGGCCGUACUACGCCGAUUAUUCGCCUGCUCGGAAAUACAUCCAUUCCCUCUGCACCAGCCACUAUCUGGACCUUUUCAUCACGUUCAUCAUUGGAGUCAACGUCAUCACUAUGUCGAUGGAGCACUUCGACCAACCCAAGUCUCUGGACGAGGCCCUGAAAUACUGCAACUACAUGUUCACUACUGUCUUUGUGGUUGAAGCCGUCUUGAAGCUGGUGGCCUUCGGCUUCCGGAGGUUCUUCAAGGACAGGUGGAACCAGCUGGAUCUGGCCAUUGUCCUGCUGUCGAUCAUGGGGAUUACUCUCGAGGAGAUUGAAAUGAAUGCUGCGCUGCCCAUCAACCCCACCAUUAUUCGCAUCAUGAGGGUGCUCAGGAUUGCUAGAGUGCUGAAGCUGCUGAAAAUGGCCACGGGGAUGCGGGCAUUGCUGGACACGGUGGUUCAAGCCCUCCCCCAGGUGGGGAACCUCGGUCUGCUAUUUAUGCUCCUUUUUUUCAUCUACGCUGCCCUGGGGGUGGAAUUAUUUGGGAAGUUAGACUGCAGUGAGGAAAAUCCUUGUGAAGGCCUAAGCCGGCAUGCUACUUUCAACAACUUCGGGAUGGCCUUCCUCACCCUCUUUAGGGUAUCAACUGGGGACAACUGGAAUGGGAUCAUGAAGGACACUCUUCGGGAGUGCCACCGGGAUGACAAGCAUUGCCUCAGCUACCUGCCUGUCAUCUCCCCUGUUUACUUCGUCACCUUCGUCCUCAUCGCCCAGUUCGUCCUGGUGAACGUCGUGGUGGCCGUCCUGAUGAAGCACUUAGAGGAGAGCAACAAAGAGGCGAAGGAGGAUGCUGAGAUGGACGCUGAAAUUGAGCUGGAGAUGUCCAGAGGGGUCAGCACACCUGAAAGAACCCUGGAUGGGAGACAGACCCCGUCCAAGGGGGGGUCACCCCUGCUGAUGAAGCAUCAAGCCAUGGGAGCUGCUGCCGCUGUUGGCAUCAGGGAGCCCCAGAACCUUCUGACGCUUCGCAAGAUCUCGGUGGCAAGGAUGCACUCGUUACCGAAUGACAGCUACAUGUUCCGCCCCGUGAUGCCCGCCAAGCCUCCCUUCCCGCUCCACGAAGCAGAGCUAGAAGCCUACUCCUACAAGUCGCCCAGAGGAUCCGUCACGUCAAUCCGUUCCCAGCCAGUGGUCACUUCUUCAUCUCUGAGGAUACCACAGGUGGCCUUCCGUCCAGCAACGCCCCCUCCUAGCCACAGCAUGGGAGCCCCAAGGAAGCUUCUACCCCCUCACCCUGCCCCUCGCAUCCCCAGUUUCAGCAGACAGCUGUGCAGACAGGAGGCCGUUCAAAGGGACUCAUUGGACGGCUCAAAUGUGGAGUCUAAGCUGGGUGCCCAGGCUGAGGUGCGUGAAAACCCACCACUGAAAAAGCAGCUGUCUCACAGCAUCUUAGGGCCACCUCUGCUUCACCCAGCGCCCACAUCCCUUCCAGGCACUCCUCCUCUUCCCCACGCAUCGUCUCCCCAUCCUUCAAGCAUCCACACCCACAGGCACACCUUCGGCCAGCACAGCACCUCCAGCAGGCGGACCAGCCACAGCAGCAUCCCUGACAGCCCCCUCUUUGAGUCCUCCGACCUGGCGGACGAAGAGGUCAGCCACAUCAAUAGCUCUGCCAGGGACUGGGGGGCACGGCUGGGUGGCAGGGACUGCUCAGACUCUCCUUUCGCCUCCCCGGCGCCAUCGCCCGUCCCCUUCAAGAACUGCAGCACAACCAGCUUGACGACGGGGAACGGCAAGGAGAAGGACCUGAAGAAGUUCUACAGCGUGGACACGCGGGGUUUCUUGGCCAAGCCAACGUGGGCGGACGACCAGCGGCGGCACUCCAUUGAGAUCUGCCCCUUGGUCGACCGCGGGGACCGCGGCUGCGCAGAGGCGCCCGAAAGGAGGAGGCUGCCCCUCCAGAUCCAGCCGGAGUCCGAGUACCUCCACGGCAUCCGGAGGAAGAAAAAAAUGAGCCCGCCGUGCAUCUCUAUCGAUCCUCCCAUGGAGGAAGAAAGCAGCGCCUCGACGCGCACCAAAGCCUCUGAGAACAGCCUGCUGAGGAGGAGGACGCCGUCCUGCGAAUCCACUGCUUACAGGGACUCCUCGGAGCUGGCCGAGAGCCAGCCAGGAGAACUGGCCUGCAAGGCGGACCGCUGGGCCCCACCGGCCUGCCGAGGAGAGCAUUUAACCAUCCCGAGUUUCUCCUUCGAGCCCUCGGACCCCCGUUCCGCGAGCGAGCCCUGCGAACGCCUCUCGGAGAGCCGCCCGGCUGCAGAGGCCUCUGCGGACCCCCCGCCCGUCGGGGUGGAACUGCAGAAAACAGACCCUUUGCAAACCCCCUGCCACCCCUCCGAACCAAACCGAGAAGAACUCGGGGGGCCCCGGAGUCCCCUCCCGCAGCACGGACUGGUUCCAGCGACCCCAACCACAGAAGACGUUGUGGACGAGCCAGUAUAGCUUCCAAGGGGGGUGGUCUUUGGCGAACUCAAAGGGCUUUGCCACCACACGUGGCUUUGAAGAGGAGAACAGGUUGGAAAGCCACCCUCUCCACGGCUGAUGCUUACCCCCAAACCCUUGGUUCUCCUCGCUCUUUCUCUCUCUCAGCGCUGUGAAGGUCUUGCUGUUGUUUUUAAAAGGAACCGAAGUCCAAGAGAAGCUCAAGCUGGUCUUCAAAGCCGUCCCAAGUGGUUCAGGGGUAACAGGAAGGAAGUGGACUUCCUUUCUACACAGCACAAGGAGAAGCUGUUCCAAUUUUUUCUUUUCCUUCCCUCUUUCUCCCCUUCCCCUUCACCCAGCGUGGCCUCGAACACCUUGAUUUGGGUUUCAGACCUUUAUUUUAUCUUUUUUAAAGGCAACCGAUCGGUUUAAAAACAUCUUUUCUGACUUUUUUCGAAAGGGCACCUUUUAUUAUUGCACGAAAAGUUGUCACAGGAAUUGGAAGUGACCAGGAGGAAGUGAGUUGUAUAUUGUUCUGUAUAUCAGCAGUUACUAUAAAUAGAAAAUCAUGUAUUUGAGAAAUUUUUAAAAAGCGAAGAAAACACACAUCACACGCAGCCACACUCACGCACCCAGAAAUAUUCACAGGGAAACUCUCCAUCGGGCACCUAUUUUUGCAGAAAGCCAACCCAGCCAUUCCAGUCAUGACUACGGCCCCAGGGAGGUCAACGGGAGGCGCUGAGCGCCACGAACCCAACCCUUGUUGCUCCAACCACAACCCAGUCCCGAAACCACUGAAUUUGCCCCGUUGCGCCCACUUUUGCACCGGAAUCCUUGAGAGAGACCCUAACCCUGCCAACUUUAGCUGGAUCAGGCUCCCCCAUAAGAGGGUGAAUCGAUUCUUAUUUCACGUUUGCAUUCGCAUCAGAUACUCAAUGGAGUGAUGUAUUCUUAGAUUCUAUGUGGAAGCUUAACAAUAUUUACUGUUGACUUUCAGUUUUGCCCCAACCCUUAUUUUCCUUCCCUGCCCACUUCAUGCCU